GAGUAGACCGAAUUCAGUUUUUUAUACAAAAUGUAAAAAACUUGUAACAAAAGUUUUAAAAAUGCCGAAAAAGAGAACACGUCAGAAGAAGUAUGUAGAUGUAGUCAAUAUACUAAACUUAAAUGUUCAAGAUGUCGUUAAAUAUAUACACAAGUUGCAUCAACAUAUUGCUAAACAAAACAAGAAAAUUAACAGACUAAAGCUGAAAAUUAAAAAAUUGAAAUUCCUUUCACAACUUGAUGCUCAGAUAGCAAAGUCAUCGACAAAAUUAAGCAAAGAUGACGAUGAAACGAAAAAUCAAGAAAUUGCUUCAAAACUUACAACUGCAGACUCGAAACAACAGCAAGGAAAACAGGAAAAUGUUCUUGAUUUCGUUAAUGAAAUCAAAGCACAAGCACUUGUUAAUUCUUUUGAACAGGCCGGCUUUAUUUAUGAGCCAACAAGUGGUCUUUAUUAUGACACAAAAUCAAAAUUCUAUUACAAUCCAGAGUAUGAUUUAUACUACAAUGGAAACGAUGGAAAUUGGUAUCGAUUGAAUCCUCGCACAGAUGAAUUUAUCUUUCAUUCUGGGACUGAAGCAAGUGCAGUUAAUAAAAAGGAGGAAACCGAUGAAGAUGAAGCGAUUAAGAAGAUCCUUGAGGAAGGAAGAAAACCAAUAAGAGCUUUAGAAACUUCUAAGACUGAAGAGAAAAGUGAAAGAAAAAGCCGGCGACGUGAUCGUUCAACUUCCUCAAGUUACUCAAGCGACUAUAGUGAACAUCGCAGCAGAAGAUCUUAUAAAAAUCGCUCGAGAUCAAGAUCAAGGAAAAGACGAUCGCGACAUCGACGAUCCAGAAGCUUUAAUCGAGAAGAAGGAGAAAUUGCCACAAGUGAAGAAUCAGAAAGUGACUCUCGUCAUCAAGAAGUUGUCAAAGAAAAGUUUAAAAGAAAACGAAAAAAGAAGAAGGGAAACGAAUACGAAGAAAUUGCCAAGAAAUAUCCACCAUCGUUACGUCUAAUGGUUAUAGAAAGUGAUAAAAUGGAUGCUGGUAAGCUCUUUGUCGUCACAUUCAAAGGCGGGACUUUAGGUCGUGAAGGAAACCAUGACGUUUUGAUACCAGAUGUUAAUGUAUCUAAAUAUCAUUUGAAGUUCAUUUACAAUCAUAAGAAAAGCAUUUAUCAGAUUAUUGAUAGAUCAAGAAAUGGAACAAUGUUAAAUGACAUUCAGAUUUCCUUGCUAAACCAAAAAGAGAGCGACGCAAAAGAUUUACAUCAUGAAAGUGUUCUUCAACUUGCAAAAACUAAACUGCUUUGUCAUGUUCAUGAAGGUUUGACAACGUGUAUUGCUUGUGAACCUUAUGGGUACACUAAAAAAAUGCCUGAAGAUUUGAAAGUUGUAGACGAACCACAACCAUCGACUUUAUCACAUAAAGAACAAUUAAAAUUGUUACAAAAACGUUACGGACUUGAAACAGAAAAGUAUCAUGAAAAUCCAACUGGGACGAAAAACAAGAAUUAUGAAGAUCGAGCUGAGAAACGUCGAGUAAAAGUUGGUAGUUCACAUCAUGGCUUGAAAACCGAGCAAGCAUCAGUCAAUAAAUCAAUUUCCAGUGAAAAUAAAGGUUUUAAAUUACUUUCGAAGAUGGGUUGGAGUGAAGGAAAGUCGAUAGGAAAAAGUCAGGAAGGAAUUAAAGAACCAGUGGAAGUUAAAACUCAGCAAGGAACAUCGGGCUUGGGAUGUGAAGUCGUUCAACCUUCAAUAAAUUUUCAAGGAAAUGCAAAGAAACAAGUGAUUUGGAACAAGACACAAGAACGUUACAAUAACAUUUCAAAACCUGAGGGAAACAUAUUCGGGGAUGAUGAAGAUAUUUAAUUUGUGGUCAAUAUGAAA